GAAAAAGCGCUGAGGAAGAAUACCGGAAGUGCAGCGCAUGACGUUCUUUCCGGCUCCGGUCUCUCAACAAGAGUAAAGAUGUUGAUGCCCAAGAAGAAUCGUAUUGCUAUCUAUGAGCUCCUCUUUAAAGAGGGCGUCAUGGUGGCCAAAAAAGAUGUGCAUCUUCCAAAACACCCAGAGCUUGCUGAUAAAAACGUACCCAACCUUCACGUCAUGAAGGCCAUGCAGUCUUUGAAAUCAUGUGGGUACGUCAAAGAGCAGUUUGCUUGGCGCCACUUCUACUGGUACCUGACCAAUGAGGGAAUUCAGUACCUGAGGGAUUUCCUGCACCUGCCCCCAGAGAUUGUGCCCGCCACCCUCCGCCGUCAGACCCGCCCAGAGACCGCCAGGCCCCGCCCCAAGGGUCUUGAGGGAGAGAGACCGGCCCGUCUGGCCCGUGGAGAGGGAGACAGAGACGCAUACAGGCGGUCUGGAGCUCCACCCGGCGCAGAUAAGAAGGCCGAGGCUGGUGCCGGCGCUGCUACAGAAUUCCAGUUUAGAGGUGGUUUUGGCCGUGGCAGAGGACAGCAGCCACAGUGAUUUUCCAUGUUAUCUGUACAAUAAAGUUUCAAAACUA